UCUAGAGAGGGUGUGUGACAGACAGCAUUUUAGAAAAUCUUAAACCCUUUUUCAACACUAUCCAGACCCAGUUGUGGGCUUUUCAAGAAAUGUCGAAUAAUCCUUUAAUGCCUGGUCGUGUUGUUAUUGUUUGUGAUGCUACCAAGUACCGCAAUAAAAGAGAGCUUGAACUCACUGUUGAUAAUAUCCGAUUGAGGCGUGACAUUCUUCAUGGAGGUGAUACACUUACUCUGCUUGGAAUUCUGCAUAGGCUCCCACACCCCAUGGGUCACCAAAUGCAAGCAUCCCCUGUUUCUUUUUGGGGAACAAACAUGAGUGCAAUGAAAGACCAAGUUUCAAAAAAGGUUGAUAAGUAUGUGAACAUGCUCCUACAAAGUGCUGAAGAAUGCAAAAAUGAAAGGGGGCUAUAA